AUGAAUAAAGGAGAUCCAAGAAGACCUGCAACCGCUAUCUUUGAAAUGAGACCACCUCUCUCACAACAAGAGAAAGAUGCUCAGAAUCUAGAUUAUUGGUCAAUGUUAUGUUUUGCAUUUGCAUUCAUCGGUAUUUUCGCAAGAUAUAAGAUUGCACUUUGGAUUUCGGUUGUUUGUUGUAUUGCAUCGUUGGCAAAUAUGAAGUCUGCAGAUGGUGGAUUAAGAGCAAUGACUUCAUCGGUAUCAAUGAGUUUCCUUGGUUUAGCAAUGGCUUAUUUCUCACCAAAUUCUCAUCUCUAUAAUUAA